AUGAACAAACCACUCUCUACUUCUUCAGCUCGCCCUGACUAUACGUUUUGGCCGAAUUCUAACCGCACGAACCGUAGGAUAGACCCGUUCUCUGUAUCUGCAUCUCUCGGCCCCAAUUGCGCUGGCGUCACCGACGUUGAGACCACGAAAAUCGAUUGUCCUACGCUACGGGAGCUAUGUCGAGGGCGGAGGAGAUUGGAUACAUCUCGCCGACUAGUGUGCAGAAAGAAGCGCUGCCGGUGUUAUUCUCCGGCCGUGACUACAGGUUCAGGAAAGACCCUUGCAUACCUACUUUUAAUACUCUCAGUUGUCAAUGCUCGAAGGUCAGCUGUUCAGGCCCUAAUCGUUGUUCCCACACGAGAACUCGGAAUGCAAGUCACGAAAGUUGCACGUACAUUGGCUGCGAGAUCACUGGAACUUGAAUCUGAGCAGAAGGCGUGUUCAGUCAUGGCACUUUUAGAUGGUGGGACAUUGAGAAGACAUAAGAGUUGGUUAAAGGCGGAACCCCCAGCUAUAGUAAUUGCUACUUUGAAGUGUCUCUGCCAAAUGCUAGACAAGCGAACUCUAAAGUUGGACAGCAUGCGUGUCUUGGUAAUAGACGAGGUUGAUUUUAUGUUCUAUUCUUCCAAAGAAGUUAGCUCUUUGAGGAAGCUCUUGACGAGCUUCUCGUCGAUCCAAAAUCGGCAAACCAUAUUUGCUAGUGCAUCAAUCCCACAGCAUAGACGAUUUCUGCAUGACUGCAUUCAGCAUAAAUGGACCAAGGCUGAUGUUGAACAUGUCCAUGUAAAUCCUGUUGAGCCGAUGCCUUCAUGCCUUCACCACAGAUUUGUGCUAUGUUCUGAUAAAAGAGAGAGAUAUUCAGCACUCGUGCAUUUGUUACAGUCAGACGCACCUCAAUCUGCCAUCAUUUUUGUUGGAGAGCAGUCUGAGAAAUCGAAAAAAGCUGGAAAUCCUCCACCAACAACUCAUCUAAUCGAAUUUCUGAAAACCUCUAUUGAUGGAUGCCCGGAGUUGGUCCUCUUAGAAGAAGACAUGAAUUUUCACAAACGAGCUGCAUCCUUAACCGACAUAAAGCAAUCAGGAGGCUAUCUUCUAGUUGCAACUGAUAUUGCUGCCCGAGGGGUUGACCUGCCCGAAACAACUCAUAUAUACAACUUUGACCUUCCGAAAGAUGCAAUACAUUAUCUUCACCGAGCAGGAAGAACAGGUCGAAAGCCAUUCUCGGACAGUAAAUGUUUUGUUACCAGCAUUGUAACUGCAGAUGAACGGUUUGUAUUGGAGAGGUUCGAAAACGAAUUGCUAUUCCAUUGUGAAGAACUAUCAUUCAGUAAUAUAUAACUGUCAUUGGAUAUUGGUUUGCUUAUUUCCAUUUUUUCAUAUUUUUGUUGUUAAAAUAUGCAGAUUUGUUGAAAGAAAUUAGCAAGAUUUACACAACCAAUCUAUAUAUUAGGCCUUUUAAAGGGCAUUGAAAGGUCCGAAAUUUAUGCAUAUUUUUCUCGAGAAAAUUUGAGUGAUCCAGGAAUUAUAUUUUCAAAUGAGAAUGUCACUUAUUACUAUUGAAUUGUUACACUUGUGCAACUUCAUGAACAAUUGGCAGAACCUCAAGAUCCUCAAAAUUUUGCUUGUUAAUGACAGUAAAAGGUUGUCAUAUCACAGUCCCAUCUUUAAUAAUUGAAUUCUUCAGUAUUACUGUGACGCCUGAUCGGAUGUAAAACCCUUCGGAGGUUCUAUCUGCCUCUUGUACACCCUCUGAAUUUUCAAUGACUACGUUUUUACCAAUCCUGGCAUUCUUGUCAAUAAUGCAUUCCCUGUUUAUAGAGUAAAGAUUCAUAUGUGAAGAUAAAUAAUUGGAAAUACUUAGGAGAAAACUGAAGACAUGUAAGCAGAAGCCAAAAUUUUUA